AUGGCCGGCGCCAUCGAGGCCCUUGCCGUCAUUCUUCAGCACAACUGGCGACAUCGUCCCACCGCCUCAGCUCAAGAAUACAUCACCUCCUACCUUUCCCACCCCACUCCCCGACCCCCCUUAAUUCACCUCUCCAACCUUUCCCCGCCAACUCUCCUCUUCUCAAUAAUCCACAACAACCUAACUUUCCUAUCUCCGGCAACCUCAGAAGUCGAGCCCCUCUUAAUCCUCGAAUUCCUUCAUCGAAUAGCAGAGGUCCUGGAAGAUUACUUCACCCCACCUCUAAUCCCCUCCAAAAUCGAGGGUAACUACGAUGUAGUAGCCGAACUCCUAGGGGAAAUGUGCGACGACGGCCUACCCUUCAACACCGAACCGAACGGUCUAAGAGACGUCGUCCUACCGCCUUCAAUAAUGAAGAAACUACUAUCAACCGUCACAUUACCAACCGGCUCAUUGGACCCGUUCCGUUCAAACCCUUCAACAAUAUCUACUAUUCCAUGGCGUCGUGCGAAUGUAAAACAUACUUCAAACGAAAUGUACCUCGACCUCCUCGAGACCUUACACUGCACAGUCGCCCCAUCAGGCCGUCCGAUAUCAGCAAGAGUCGCAGGAACAAUGCUCUUCACUGCAAAAAUCUCCGGAAUACCGGAUAUGCUCCUUCUAUUACGAACUCCAACACCGAGAGGUGGAGGUGGCGUUACCUUAGAAGCUCCCGUAUUCCACCCAUGCGUCCGACUUUCCAAAUGGAACUCCCAACCAGGUCAUCUAUCCUUCGUCCCUCCGGACGGGAAAUUCGUAUUAGCAUCCUACGAAGUCAACAUGCUUCCAGACUUCUCACCCUCAAUAUCCGCACCGCAACCAUUCCACCUCCCUCUAUCAGUGACCACAAAAACCCUACAAGGCUUCAACUCCACUGAAUUCGAAGUAAAAGUCAUAAUCCCCCAUUCAUCACCUUACGCUUCUUCAACAACCUCCUCUUCUUCCUCCCAAAACACCGGAUCUUCCGCAUUCGCAAGAAUAGCCGCACAAAGCGCCGGAACUUCUAUCCCUUCCCAAUUCCUUCAAGGACCCGGUAGCUCAGCUGGUAGCAGUAAUAACCCAGUCAUGGAGGAUGUGGCUGUUCAGAUACCCUUACCGCCUCAAGUCCGAACAUUAAUAAACACACGAGCAUCGAAAGGCGAUUUCAUACAUGAUACCGAAAAAAACCAAAUCCGCUGGCGACUUCCAAAUGCCGCUAUCACUCCGGGUGCAACAUAUACAUUCAAAGCAGAAGUAGUCGUGAAGAGCACUUACGAAGAAGAAGAGGCGGACGAAGAAGUAGUUUCGGGUGCAAAAUUAUCAAACUACGAUAAUAAUUACGACGCGGGAACUCCCAAGCUAAUUGUAAACUCGGGGGCUACUACCCCAGCUAAAGAGAAGGAGAAGGAAAAGAAAUCGCCACCGUCAGCACAGGUUAUAGCGUCGAUGCCUAGGAGCGUUCUGUUGGAUUUCACUAUUAGAGGUGCUUUGCUUAGCGGAUUGAAAGUGGAUUCUUUGAAUAUAGUUGGAGGAAAAGGAAUACCGGAGUCAAUUAAGCCAUAUAAGGGAGUUAAGUACAUAAGUAGAGCGGGCGAAGGAUCAGUUGAAGUUCGAUGUUGA